AAAAAGAGUUCCACUGACAACGAAUUGAGUUCUUUCUACACAGGAUUGGCCUGUUAAUGUAACUAUAUAAGAAUCUCUUACCAUAUCAUAUUACGCUGCAAAUACUAUAUAUAAGUAUAUAUCCGAAGCCGCUCCAACGUUUUUAUAAUCAACACAGUAAACAGGAGAAAAAAACUAAAGCAUGAAGAAUUAUUCCUCUUUUCUCCUCCUCCUCCUCAUAAUUUUGCCGCUAGUUCUCUACCCAGUUGGAGUCGAGGGAGGCAAGCGAAGGAUUCACAUUACCGAUGAUCUCGAUGACGUUGUUGACGACGAAGAAGAUGAGUCCUGGAAAGAGUGGGGUAAGAAGAAAACCGCUCCAGAAUUCGAUCCCCCACCUUCUGAUUUCGAUAAGAUGGAGUUUUCCCAGAUUCAGGAGGAACUCAUGAAACGCCACAUAGGUCCUGCUUUCGGGUUCGUUAAGCUCCGUUUGGGGAUUCGACGGGAUCAGGACAAGGUAGCUGAAAUUGCUAUGAAAUGGACCAAACUUUUGAGAACAGGAGCCCUUGGAGUGAAAUUCAUGGGAAUUGAUAUGAGCACAAUCAUGUUCAACAUGGAAGAUGGCCAGAAAAUCUUAGAGUUGAAGGAGUUCUUACUGAGCCAGGACGAGGCUUAUGAAAUCAAGAUAGGGGAUCAAGUUUUUAGAAGAACAGGGGAUCCGCCGCUAGACGAGGUCAUAGAACAACUUCGCCAAUCAAAGAAAAACGAAGAGGUUGAUGAGCAUGUGAAAGAAGAGCUGUGAUUGGCUGGAAUUCUCCUGACUUUGUUACAUCAAAGAUUAUUUUAAUUGCAGCAUUAGCAUCUCACACAUUGACUUUGUAAUAAUAUUAAAGUCUGGCUAUAUCUCUUAUCAUCAAA